GCUUUCGCUCAUGAACGAUUGGCGAUUGGAAAACACUUGGACUUCGAUUUGCCGCUUUUAAUCACUAUAGCCCGACCCUUGACCGAUUCAGAUGGAUAUAUACACACCAGAUAUACUAUAAAUACAUCAAUUAGCUCAUCCAGAGUGAUAGAAUCAAUAGGCAGUGACCAGACAGCAGCAGCAGCAGGCAGCGACGACAAUCUGAUAACGAGCAGUUCUGUUCCAGUAGAAAGCAUAUUUGCUAAACGUCAGAGCUUGUGAAAUGGCAGCGGAUCGAUUGGAUGUCAUAAUUUUCGGGGCCAGCGGCUUCACCGGAAAGUACACGGUUUUCGAGGCGGUCACCGUGCUGAACGGCCUGCGAUGGGGUAUUGCCGGACGAAACCGGGAAAAGCUGGAGUCCGUGCUGAAGCAAAUGGGGGCCAAGGCCAAGAAGGAUCUGUCGCAGACGCCCAUCUUCAUAGCGGAUAUCAGCGACGAGGCAUCUCUGCUGGAAAUGGCCAAGCGGUGUCGCAUUGUCGUUAACACGGCGGGCCCCUAUCGCUUCCAUGGCGAGAAGGUAGUCAUCGCCUGCAUCGAGGCGGGCACGCAUCACGUGGAUGUCAGCGGGGAGCCGCAGUACAUGGAAACGAUGCAGCUGAAGUACGAUCAGCGCGCAAAGGAACGUGGUGUGUAUGUGGUCAGUGCCUGCGGCUUUGACUCGAUACCCGCCGACAUGGGCGUCGUUUUUGUGGAGAAGAACUUCGACGGCGUGGUCAAUUCGGUGGAAACGUUUCUGGAGAGUGGCGUCAAGGAGGGCGGCACUUCCGGCACUCGUGCUGGCCUCAAUUAUGGCACCUGGGAGAGCGCCGUCUAUGGGCUGGCCCACUCUGACGAGCUGCGUGGUAUACGCCAGAAACUGUUCCCGCAGCGCUUGCCCAAGUUUUAUCCGCUGCUGAAGCAUCGUCCGUUGAUCUUCCGCUCCACAGAGGUAGACAAGAUCUGUCUGCCCUUCCCCGGCUCCGAUCGGUCGGUGGUGAUGCGUUCGCAGCGUUUUCUCUACGACCAGGACAAGAAGCGCCCAGUACAGAUGCACGCCUACGUCGGAUUCCCCUCCUGGAUAGCUGCGGCCGCCGUUGUCCUGUUUGCCAGCAUCUUUGGAUUGAUGUCCAAGUUCCAAAUCGGCCGCACUUUGCUGCUCAAGUAUCCGGGCAUCUUCUCGGGAGGCCUGGCCUCUCGCGCCGGUCCCACCGAGGACUCGAUGGAGCGCACCUUCUUCAAGAUGACUUUUAAGGCAACAGGCUGGGCCCAGGCCGAACGUCUGGCCGAGACCACGGACCAGCACACCGAGCCACCCACCAAAACACUGAUGGUGCGCGUCUCCGGCAUGAAUCCUGGCUACGGAGCCACAUGUGUGGCCCUACUAUCGACCGCUCUAACCAUCCUGCGAGAGAGCGACAAGAUGCCCAACAACGGCGGUGUCCUGGCCCCGGCUGCCGCCUUCUCCAAGACGAGCCUUAUCAGCGAACUGGAGAAGCACGAGCACGGCAUGAAAUUCGAAAUCCUUGCUAAUAAGUGAACGUAGUGCUUAACUUUUAGGCUAUACAAUGUCUAUUCCACUUUUUGUUUAUUUAGUAAUCACACAUUAAAAUUUGUAGCACAAAUAUUAGACGCUAUUAACACCCCGCACGUCACAAAUGCUAACCUUUAGGCCACAGAUCAGUCUGAGCCUCAAUAAAUGCAAAUUUUCAGAUCCCCAGA